UAUGGGAAAAUGUCAGGCCAUGCACAAAUAUGUUGGUGUUUUUCUUGCACUUCUUGUUGCUUUCAACCAUACCCAUCUAACUCAAGGAAGGAAGAUCAUAAAACCAUUGAACACAAACAACAUUACUCUUGAUCAUGAUUCAAGCAGCGUUGGCGAUUCCGGCAAAAAAUCAAUGGUGGUAUUAUUGGAGAGUUUAGAAGCUAAGAAAGUUUCUGUGAAUGGUGUUGGGCCAGGUCCAAGUCCUGGUGCUGGUCACAGAAAAACUGACGGAAAAGAUAACGUUAUGAAAUCAAUGGGGGCGGUAGUAGUAGUAGUUAAGAAUAAUCAAGAUGUUAAAGAUUCUAUUAAUGGGGUUGGUCCAGGUCAUAGUCCUGGUGUAGGGCACAAAAAUUAAACCCAAAUUCGAAAGAAAAAAAAAAGGAUAAAUAGUUAAAUUAUUUAGUCGUGGUUCGAGGCUUGGAAAGGAUGGCACGUGCCUUCCACAUGCAUGUCUGGGUUCGAGAUUGGAGGUGUGUUUUAGUGCAUGUAAGAUAAUUUGUUACCUAGUAUUUUGUAUUUUCUUUAAGCAGUAGCAAAUGGUUUUUCUCAUUGACGUUGCUCUUCAUCCUAUAUCUCA